GUCCCACUCCACAAAGCGCUGUGUGGAAACUGUUCCAGUUAUUAUGCUGGAAAUGACUGGAAAUUGUUGCCUAACUGGACUGGGAUUAAUGAGGGGAACUGGACUCGGUUGGGGUAUGUUGUAGGGGGAGGAACUGCCCCUGCUCAUGCCCCUGCCCUGCUAGUGGACGUUUGUGCCGGCUAGCACGCUAGGUUGCUAACAGAAAGGGGAAGUGAGGAGGCGUCUUGCUAGCCGUUGUUGCUACUGCGGACUGCUAACGGCUAACCAACCUACACACCCACUUUUUUUACUUUUAGUAUUUAUUUACUGUAUUUCGGUUGUUUAUUACUAAACUUGGGAGUUUAUUUACCAUUUAAAACGACAUAUUUGUGCGAGUUGCGGGCUGCUUUGUUUACUAUAUGAGUUAACCAAACUAGCGUAAAAAUCCCACCGAUAACGGAGUUGUUAUCCACUAGCCGAGCUGCGCGGCAUUUACGCAGAAUAGAAUCUGCGCAUUUGGCGUGUGUCUCAUGGCGUUUCACUGAGACCCGUCAGCUCGUCAGAACUCGUAAGACGGCGGAGAUGAGAAGCUAGAAGUUCGUCUCACUUCUUGAGAAGUCGUUUCAGCCCAGGCAGAAGUAUUAAAGGCGAGGAUGAAGAAGUUUUCGCGCAUGCCGAGGUCGGAGAGCGGAGGACUGGGAGGAGGAGGAGGAGGCUCGGGCGCUGGUUCUGGUGGUGGAGUUACCAACUAUACUGGGAAGGUCUUCUCCAUCGGUCGAUACCAAGUGACCGUGGAGGAACUGAUCGCUGAAGGGGGUUUCUCCAUGGUGUUCUUGGCACGCACCCACAGCGGAGUACGAUGUGCCCUGAAGAGGAUGUACGUGAACAAUGUACCUGACCUGAACAUCUUCAAGCGGGAGAUUACGAUCAUGAAAGAGCUCUCGGGCCAUAAGAACAUCGUGCACUACCUGGACUCCACCAUUAAUGCAGUGGGAGACAGUGUGUGGGAGGUUCUCAUCCUGAUGGAGUACUGUAAAGCCGGUCAGGUGGUGAAGCAGAUGAACCAGCGGUUGAACAGCGGUUUUACGGAGGCUGAAGUUCUCACCAUCUUCUGUGAUACCUGUGAGGCCGUGGCCAGACUGCACCAGUGUAAAACGCCGAUCCUCCACAGAGACCUGAAGGUAGAAAACAUCCUCCUGAAUGACCAAGGGAACUACGUACUGUGUGAUUUCGGAAGUGCCACUCAUAAACUGCUGCACCCACUCAAAGACGGCGUGAAUGCCGUGGAGGACGAGAUAAAAAGGUACACGACCCUGUCCUAUCGAGCCCCAGAGAUGAUCAACUUGUACCAAGGGAAAGCCAUCACCACUAAGGCUGAUAUCUGGGCGCUCGGAUGCUUGUUGUACAAGCUGUGUUUCUUCACGCUCCCGUUCGGGGAGAGUCAGGUCGCCAUAUGUGAUGGAAUCUUCAGCGUUCCAGAUAGCUCGAAGUUUUCCUCCAAGCUGCACUGUCUGAUCAGGUUCAUGUUAGAGCCCGAUCAGGAGAAACGACCCGACAUCUACCAGGUCUCUUAUUUCGCCUUCAGACUCGCCGGAAAGGAGUGUCCAGUGCCAAAUCUAUUCAACUCCUCCAUCCUCACCUCGCUUCCAGAGCCACUGAAGGCCAGUGACAUCGCUGCUAAGAAGAGCCAGACGAAGGCCAGGAUAACGGAGUCCGUCGGCCCCACCGAAACCUCCAUCGCUCCGAGACAAAGACCCAAAGCUGCCAACAGCAACGUGAUGCCACUGCCCAACUCGGUGACCCCUGUGAAGAUGAACGUCUCGUCUGGAGCGGUCAGCAACGGCCAGAAAGCAGCUCCGGGUGACGCGCAGCCGGCGGCCGUGCAGAUGCAGAGCAGCAGUCAGCACAACAGAGUCUUACAGCAGCUGCAGCCGGGAGACCUGAGACUGCAACAGCUGCAUCAACAGCAGCAGCAACAAAACCUGCAGCACCAGCACCAGAUCAACGCCCAACACAUGCAGUACCUGCAGUACCAGACCAUACAGCAGCAGCAGCAGCAGCAGCAGGUGCUUCAGCAUCAGAUUCUGAUGCAGCAGUCCAUGUACAACCAACAGCAGCAGCAGCAGCAGCAUUACGCAGCUCUGGUGCAUCAGUAUCAGCAGCAGUGUGCUCCCGCCCAGCCGGUCCCCUUCAUCUCCCCUCUGGAGUUCCAGGUUCCUCUGAGCUCGUAUAACUCUGCUGGACCUUCACCUGUCGAUCCCUCCCACAACACCAGAACGUCUGUGCCCAGUUCAGAGCUGCUCCAGAGUCCCACGCUCCACCCGGUCAGUAACCCACCUGACAUGUCUCACUGGAACCCAUUCGGCGAGGACAACUUCUCCAAGCUGACCGAAGAAGAGCUGCUGGACCGAGAGUUCGAUCUUCUGCGAGCAACAGAUAAACGUGGGGAGAGAACGACAGGCGUGGAGCCCGGCGGUACGACCCUGCUGCCCGAGGACCCGUUCGGCUCGGUGCCCUUUGUGGCCAGUGCAGGAUCUGGUCUACAAGCAGCGGAGCAACCGAAUGUAGAGCCUGGCGACGCCCUUGCCCGACCAGCUCCUUUGCAAGAAGACAUCCAACCACCUGGUGGGGAACAGAAACCUGUGAAAAAGGGCUCCACUGGCCUGCUGCCUCACAGAUCGGAAGAAGAAACAGACAGUGACUUUGAGUCUGAUCCUCCAUCGCCCAAGAGCAGUGAAGAUGAGGAGGUGGAGGAAGAUGAAGGCCUGAACAGUGAACCCGAAGACGUUGAGCCAGAGAACCUGGGUCAGAGGCCACUGCUGAUGGACUCUGAGGACGAGGUGGAGGAGGAAGAAGACAAGCAUAGCUCUGACUCGGACUGUGACCGAAGAAAAGCGACUGGGAGACUGGCAGAGUCUGGUGCCGAUCUGAUCCCCGCUUCUGAUUCACCUAGUGCGGCUGUGCCGGGUACACGUGCCAUGGAUGUGUUUGGGGCCGUGCCCUUCACCGGUGGUGUCCAGCCCAGCAAACCAGCCGAGUGCAUGGAUGUUUUUGCCAAGGCCCCUUUCAGACAAGCAAGCAAGGAAAACCCCCUGGAUGAAAUAGACGUGUUCACCAAAGCUCCUUUUAGCCGGAAUCUCUCCAAGUCGAGCAGGAGCGGCGAUGCUCCUGACCAGACACCACCCAUCUCGCCGGCCAGCGUAGACGUCUUUGGGUUCUCACCCUUCCAGCCCGACCACCCCGUACCCACCUCCCAGAGUCAAGAAGACAUCUUUGUCCCGGUGGCUUUCGAGGAGCCCCAAAGCCCUCAAAAGUUAAAGCAGAGAAGCCUCCAAAAGCUUUCCUCACGCCAGAGACGCACCAAACAAGAGGCCAGCGGCAGUAACGGUAAGCGCCACCACAGUACCCCGACGAGCGGCAGGAAAAGCAACAAGCCCAGCUUCCGCACCCCGGAGCGGGUCCGCCGGCACAAGAAGGUCGGAAGACGGGACUCCCAAAGCAGCAACGAGUUCCUCAGCGCCUCUAAAGAGAACAUCAGCAUCUCAAUGGGGGACGUAAAAGAAAAGGGAACGUCCUUACCCUCCGAAGAUGCCGUGCUGGACCCGUUCGGCGCCAAGCCUUUCCAUCCGCAAGACGGCGCCCGACACGGUCAGCACCCCGGUCUGGCCGACAGCAAGAGCGACGUGAGCUCGGCUCACGGCAGAUCCCGGACCGGGUCUCUACACACCACGUUCGAAGGGAACAUAAUGGAUGAUUUUGGGGCUGUGCCUUUCACUGAACUGGUUAUUCAGGGUGAUCCUCAGCAACCCCCACAGAUGGACCUGGACCCAUUCGGAGCUGCACCUUUUCCUUCAAAGCAGUGAAACGUCGAUGUGUCACGUCUUCCGGCACACACCGAGUGCCUCUGCGCCAUGCUGCUACGAUAUGCAAAGCCGAAACGGCUCUCUGAAACGUACGGACGGCAGCUGUGUGGGGUGAUCGGAGUCUGUCCCAGGCCUUUGUUGUAGUUUUUACAGCUUUUACACCAUUAACACGUAACAAGACAAUUUUUAAUAUAUAUUUUUUUUCUAAACUAAACUUGACUUGAACUUGAAUGGAAGGCAUUUUUUGCAUCACCUUCAGUUUCUACCUGUCUGCUGAGAAGCCUUCGAUGCUGCAUCACGAUGUUGUUCGAGGAAAUGCUGCCUGCGUGCUCAGUCACGGACCGCCAGGUUAUCCGUGGUCCUUGUGUAGGUCGUUGCUUCCUGAAUGAUCUACCCGAUAGGUCAGCUUUACACCAUAUUGCCUUAUAGGGGUAUAAGUAGGGAUGUAACGAUACACUCUACCUACGAUGCGAUACGAUUCACGAUACUGGGUUCACGAUAUUAAAAUUCAAUUGAAGACAAAUUAUGACAAAGUUUCCUUUUAUUAUUUCUCUUAAAAAAAUAAAAUAGAAAUGAAAUGCUGUAUUAUUUUUUAAUAUUUUUUUAAUGCAUUUUUCUCCCCUUUCAGUGCGUCCAAUUGCCCGAUUGCGUCAUACUCCCGAUUCCUGCUCUGAUUGAGGAGAACGAAGCUAACCCACGCCCCCUCCGACAUGUAGGCAGCAGCCGCAUACGGAUGCAUACAUCUUAUCACCUACACUUUGACGAGUGCAAUGCGAAUCAGCACUGUGUACGGAGAGACACACCCUGACAGCACUCUUUUCUCAUCUCCGUGCAGGCGCUAUCAGUCAGCCAGCAUUAGUUAUGACAGAGAGAC